AUGCUGAGAUUAAUCGCCAAAGCCAAGUACCAUCUCGCAUUUGCUCUUGAGGACCUCUUGGUUAUACUUGCUAUGAUUUCUGGAAUUUGUCAUAUAUCACUUAAUACUUGGGGUAUAACCUUCGGAUUAGGAAGACAUGUUAUGUUUCUUACCGAGACCCAAGCCGCGAUGGCUAUGAGAGCUGAAUUUAUUGGAGAGCCUUUCGGUAUCAUAUCACCAACACUCGGUAGAAUAUCGUUCGCUGUUUACCUCUUACGAAUACUUGGACACCAGCAGAAUAUAAGACGAUUUCUCUACUUUCUCAUUGCCCAAAAUGCCAUUAUAAAUCUAAUGGCACUCGUCCAAAUAUUCUUCGAGUGUUCCGAUAUUUCUUACAAUUGGGAUCGUGUUGGACAUGAAGACCAAUGUUGGAGCAUGAGAACACAAGCAGCUAUUGGCUAUUUUCAAGGAUCAUCCAGUUCCUUAACAGAUCUUGCUCUCACAAUUCUACCGGUUGCAAUGGUUAUUAAUCUUCAUAUUUCCUUGCAUUUGAAGUUUCUCUUAUCAUUUCUGUUGGGAGUCAGCCUUUUUGCCUUUAUCGCGGCAGUCAUCAGGACCUACUGCACAAUGGGCGAUAACGAUGAUAUUACCUUUACUUCGGUUACCUAUAUUAUAUGGUGCGCAGUAGAAAACUGCACUGUCAUUAUAACAUCCUCAAUACCAUUUCUCCGACCCCUCUUCCGAACAGCUCCCAAACCAUACAUCGAAGUAAAAAAUAGUCCGACCCCAAAAAUAAUGAACCACAAUGAAAUCGAGUACAGAAGUUCGAGAGAAAUACUGGCUGAUCCUGAAUUUCACCAGGAGAAAAUAGAUUAUAUGGGAGAUAAAAAGGAUGAUGCUAAGAUCGAGGCCCAUUCGCUCGUGUAGACCGGGUAGAAAAUUGGCGUAUAGAAUAGAGGUUUUGGGAUACAUGAUUAGAUGAUUUAUGAUUUGGUACAUGGUUGCCAUGGAGUUCGUGGUGCUUGAUGCGGGGUUAUUUCUUCUCCAUUGAUAGAGGUCAGUUCCUCGACAUACUGUCAGUACAGUACUGUCCAAUAACGCUUAAAUUAUACUAGUGCCAUGUCGACUUCUAUUUAAGCUUGACUUGCUUCAGAUAUCCUUUUGAUGUCGAAGCUUUUUUGAAC